CACACUUGGUGUGUUCGGCCUUUCGCCUCGCCGACAGUGAAAGCGGGUGCAAGUGUUUGGGAUUUUCGGUCCGUUUUUUGCCGAGAUGGACGCAUUAAAAGAGCAAGCCAUGAUAAAUCAGUUUGUUAUGGUUGCUGGGUGCGCCAGAGAGCAGGCAAAACAACUUCUACAGGCCGCACAUUGGCAGUUUGAGACUGCUUUAAGUUUGUUUUUUCAAGAAGUCGCGAUUCCGUCGCAUAAUCAACACAAUCCGCUUGUAACGCCGGCAAAUACGCCGGCCACACCUCCAAACUUUCCUGAUGCUUUGGCAGCUUUCGCAAAACUUCAAGCCUCCGAUACAAGCCCCAAGACACAAACUUUAAACGCAAAUCAUCAACCAGUGAGAUGAUUUCGUAGCAGCGUGUUGUUGUCAGUUUGCACUAUCCAUUUCUAUUUGUAUAAUUCCGCCGUAUCUUUCUUCAACGCAGCAUUACUGGUACCUUUUUUGUAAUAGUACGUUAAAGGAACAGAACUAGAAGAUAUACUACGUACAGUAAGCUACUAGCCAAGAUAUGAAGAAAGACGAGGGAAAAUGUGUGGGGAAAGCGCGUGGACAGUGAAGGUUACCCGGCGUUAUAUUGGAGAAAACUGUUUAAAUGGAAAUAUUUUGUUGAUGUUCAUAAGCAAAUCGGUGAGACUCUGGAGAAAGUCGUCUCCAAGCUAAAAAUACUGUGGUUCUCGAAGAACUUAGCGAAAGACUUAAACUUCGAAUAAUUUGGGAAUGUUGACAAUCACCAUGUUGAUGAACGAAAGCGUAGUGGAAUAGUAUUAUAGACAGGUCGCCUUGCGAAACUGGCGUGCAUUCUUUUGAGCCAAUGUAUAAUUUAUGAGAUGUCGAAAGCGAAAUACCAAACUGUUAUUACUGCAAACUUUCUUCGAUUUUCAAAUGAGUUUUGAAAAUUUGUGUUACAAAUUUGACGAGGUUCUGAUCAAGAUCAAAUGUUAAAGACUGAUAUUAAAAAUUUUUGUGGGCAGUGUCUAAAUGAGGUGUCUUUGUUUCCUAACAGAAAUUGCUCGUGGCGUUUGAUCAUAGCUUGUAUAUUUGAACGCGGUUGCUUUGUUUCGAUAAAGCGUUUUUUGUUUUAUGUUUUUUGUUUUUAUCUGACUUCAUUAGGGUUAUUUAAAAUACAAGAGAUCGCUGAUAAACUAAUCACUUUUUCUAGAAGUUCCAAGCUGCCCGUUCGCGCUCGUGAAUUGCAUGGGACACUAUUCAAUUUCUCAUUGUUUCGUGAGAAGUACGCUGUCGAUUUCCGGACUUUGGAAUGCAAUCUCCUGUUAGCCUUGCCACACAAUAUAUAUAGUGUGCGUUAAAAAAAUGGUGUCAAUUUUAGGCUCAGUAGGUCAAGCCUGCCAAGAUUACCGAGAAAUUAUGAAUUACAGACUAGCAAAACAUUGGAUGGUGUUUAAUCACAUGUACACAUCAAAUUUGUGCUUUUAUUAAAUAUCCCCAAGUGGCCAAAGUCAA